GUCAGCUGUUCCUCACCUCACUGGACAGCUGCAGAUCAUGUGCAGUUAGCUGGUUUGGUGACAUCUGGGUGGACUCCUCAGAUCAGAUGCCUCCUGUGUGAGACCAACAUCUGUGGGAAUCAGGAAAAAUGAUCUGGAGGGAAGUUUGUCUCUACGUUUUGUGGGAUUUGAUCAAACGAUGCUUCUGCACUGGUCUUCAUGCGCAUAUCAUGCCAUUUUCCAGUAUGAGUCACCUGCAGACGGACCAAACUCUGUGUCCUCUAACUAAAGAUGGGAAUGACUUAUUUCCAGGUUUUUACAUAAUGACUCAGUUCAACAUUGCCGAGUUGGCGAGGAGAGGGACGGUGAAGAAGGUGCCCGGAACGACAUCUCAGCAUAUCGCAUAUAGGAUUGGCCCCGAGUUUAACUUCAGGAUAAACACCAGAUCUGCAUUUCCCACGGGGCUGCCUGAGGAAUUAGCAUUUUCUGCAACCUAUCGAAUGAGUGGAAAUACUCACAAGAAGAGUUGGAAUUUAUGGCAAAUGCAAGAUCUGAAUGGAAAUGAACAGCUUGCAGUCAGACUCAACGGGGAGGCCCUGUCGGUGGAGUUCUCUUACAGAACCCAAGAGAACAGACAGAUGACGGCUUUAUUCCCUUACCAAACACUCCUCUUCAAUUCUCAGUGGCACAAGAUUGUAUUGCUUGUCAAAAAAGGUUCUGUGAGCCUGAUAACAGACUGCACAGCAACAGAUUCACAGCAGCUGGCACCCAGAGGACAAGUAAACCUAGAUGGAUUCACGCAUAUUGGAAAAAUGAAGGACAAUUCAGCAAUAGCUGUGCCGUUUGAGCUGCAGUCAAUGCUGAUCCACUGCGACUUAAACAUCCCGCAGAGAGACACAUGUGGUGACCUUCCUGCAAGGAGAGAGAUAUCCGAGGCAGAGUUUCAGAGGGCUGGAGGCGGCCCUGCUGGUCCUCCCGGUGUGCCUGGAAUAGAUGGUAUUGAUGGUGAUAGAGGCGACACCGGUGAAGACGGUUCGGCUGGUCCUGAUGGAGAUCUUGGAAAACCUGGUUCUGCUGGACUUCCUGGAUUACCUGGAGCUGAUGGAUUGACUGGCCCCACAGGAGAACCAGGCCCCGAUGGCCCCCCAGGACAAAAGGGAGAACCUGGCAAACCUGGACCCAGAGGAGGGGCGGGUGUUGGACCUGAUGGACCAAUUGGCCCACCAGGACCAGGAGGACUUCCGGGUGAGCAGGGAAAAGUUGGACCCCCUGGAGCCAUGGGUGUGAGAGGGCCACAGGGGCCCCGUGGACCAACAGGCCCCCGUGGUGCUGCAGGGAUGCUGGGUGGAACAAUGGAAUUGUGCCCUAACGCAUGCCCACCUGGAUCUCCUGGUCAUCCUGGCUUGCCUGGAAUGAAGGGUCAUAAAGGGGUGAAAGGAGAAUCUGGAGAGCCUGGCAAACAAGGGCACAAGGGAGAGGAGGGAGAUCAGGGGGCACCUGGAGAGGUCGGAACUCAAGGCCCAACUGGGCCGCAGGGAAUUCGAGGUUCCACCGGUAUGCUUGGCUCCAAAGGAGAGACGGGGCCUCGAGGUGUUGAUGGGGACCCUGGGCCUCAAGGUGUUGCAGGAGCCACUGGGGAUCGAGGCCAGAGAGGAGUAAUGGGAGAAAGUGGCCCUAAAGGCGAACAGGGACCUCAAGGGCCAAGAGGCAACAGUGGUCUUCCAGGGCCAAAGGGAGACGGUGGUUUGCCAGGUGUGGAUGGGCGUGAGGGAAUCCCUGGCAUGCCAGGUACCAAGGGUGCUGGUGGAAAGCCUGGAAGCCCUGGGGAAGUUGGCCUUCAAGGACUUCCUGGUUUACCAGGAAGCCCAGGACCGAAAGGUGGAGGUGGGGAAAAGGGUAAUGCAGGACAACCGGGCCUCAUCGGUACUAUGGGAUCUGCAGGUAAACCGGGUGAACGUGGAGAACAAGGAGAAGGCGGACCCAUUGGGCCUAUUGGACAACCUGGAGACCGAGGAGAGCAGGGGCCACCUGGGCCAAUGGGAAAACCAGGAGCAAGAGGUCCUAAAGGUGACUUGGGCUUGCCUGGACUUCCUGGACCACCGGGCCUGCCAGGAAUAAAAGGAGAUAGGGGUGAUUCAGGAGAACCUGGACCAAAGGGAGAACAGGGCGCUCAAGGUGACGAGGGGACAGCAGGAGACAAGGGAGAUGUUGGUGACCCUGGCCAACCUGGAGCUAAAGGCGAAGUUGGUAACCUAGGGGAUCCGGGUAACAGAGGACCAGAGGGAGCCCGUGGACAGCCUGGCAUCGAGGGGCCUCCUGGUAGUCCUGGACCACGUGGCAUGCAGGGGAACAGAGGAGCUCCAGGACCUCGUGGCACACAGGGACCGGCGGGUAAAGAGCCGAGUGAUCAGCACAUCAGACAAGUGUGCAUGCGCGUUAUGCAGGAGCAGCUGGCCCAGUUGGCAGCCAGUCUGAGGAGACCAGAGUCUGGAGCGGUCGGACUGCCAGGCAGACCCGGCCCCCCUGGUCCUCCCGGACCCCCAGGUGACAGCGGCUUCCCUGGGCAUGCUGGUGCUAGAGGACUCCCGGGACUCAAAGGGCCUCCGGGACUUUUGGGUCUCAAGGGGCCGAAAGGUGAGAUGGGAGACAGAGGUCAAAGGGGACCUACGAGUCGGGGACCCAAAGGCAUGCCGGGACCUCCAGGACUACCAGGUGAACCUGGAAAACCAGGAUACGGCCAAGAUGGGCGUGAUGGAGAACGGGGUCCGCCUGGUACCCCCGGUCAGCCGGGCGUUCCUGGACCUCCUGGUUCAGCCGGACCACCUGGUUACUGCGAUCCUUCGGCCUGUAAUCUGAGCGCAGGUGCUGCCCAUCAGUCCCUCAAAGACUCUAGCAUGAAGGGACCGGGCGGAAACUAAGAACUUCACUGUUCGGGACGUUCAGAGAGACUCAGUUACAAGCUCUGAGAAGAGCACAAAACAGUAUCGCCUUUGCAGAUAGUUUUACAGCUGCAAUGCCUAAAACACCAACUUCCUGCGUACAGAAAAUGGCUACAUUUCUUGAUCCAAACAAAUGAUUUGUUUUUUUGCCCACCUCAAGUUAUCUGCUGGUGCAAAUGAACUUUCACAGAACUUAUUGUCCAUCUAGUGUUCUCCUGAAAGCCAUUUCCAAAUGUUUUUUUUUUUUUCCCUCAGCUCAUACUAAAUCUGCUCUAGGAAGUGAACAAACAUCAAUGUGGCCUUCAGACCGGAGGCCUUUUUAAUUUCUGUGUGCCAAAGAUAAACCUGCCAGAAAUAUUGAUGGUGCUGGAAGUUCAUAACCGAAACGGCUGCCAGAGACCUGCUGUCAAAAACAAAAAGGAGAGAGAAUAUAUAUAUAUAGAUAUGCUGCAAUGUAUUCUGUACAUCUAUGUAAAUGAUUUAAAUGGGGUUUUGUAAGAAAUUAACUUUCCCUGCCAAGUAACAUCGGUGUGAUUUAUUGUUCCAGGAUUGUUGAUGCAUGACCCUUUUGUGACAUAUACACUCAAGAGAAAUGCAGACGUGUCAUUUCAUGGUAUUUCUAUUUAUUUUACAUAGGUGUUCGAUGACGAAGUUUGUACAGAGAUCCAAGGGAAACACAUUUGAAUGAAUGCGAUGUUUUUAUACGAAUUCAAAAUAAACGUAGGUCUCAAACAUUCUCAUGCUUUUUCCCCUUCAAGUAACACUUUCUCAUUGAAUAGCCCGAGUGCACUUAUCGCAGCUUUUUUUUCCACACUCUUUCUCACUUAAAUAACUCAUUACGUGUCAGCGCAAAAAUGUUGGCACAAACACAUUUCGAUUGCUCUUUCAGCGUAGAUGCUAAUUUAGAGACGCAGGCAAACCGAAAUCAGCAAUUAAUCAGAAACAAAACUCAAAUGAGGGAGAUGUUAGGUUAGAAUUACAUGAAAUGUCAUUCAGUUCAAUUAAAACAUGCAUACACACUAGACAAUGGUUAAGCAUUAAGUUAAUGCAUGUUUAAUGAAAUUGAAUGUUAAUUGAAAAGAGACAUUUCAUUACCAUUUAAAGUGGACUCGAAAAGCAUUUGGAUGCUUUAAUGCAAUGGCGUGUAUCUAAAGCAAACAUUCAUUGUUAUUAUAAAUGUUUUAAACAAUAAUCAUUUAAAUAGUUCAGAUAAACAAAAAGUGCUUAAAAUGUACUCAUUCUUGAUGCAAAUGAGUUUGUUUCUUCAUCAAAACAAAGAAGUUUGGCAUUAUACUGUAUCACUUCCUCACCGAUGAAUUGUAAUUAACAAGUAAGUCCAUAGUCCUUUUGCCUGAAGGAAACUAUAUUAUAGAUAGAGGACUUGUAUUUCAACUGGACGCAACAUUUAAAUAAAACAAAAAAAACCCAAAAUACAAUGAUGGAUUUGUUUAUUGCAAACAUGCAGAUUUUUACUUCACAAGACAUAGACUGAAGAUCUGAUCUGUCAUGUGGAUUACAUCGCUAUCAACCGUUUAUACUCUCAUUCUGACGGCACCCAUUCACUGCUGAGCACCAGGAUCUACUGUAAAUUUCUGAUGAACAAAAACGCCUAUAUCUCGGACGGCCUGAAAGUCAAGCCUUUUAUUUUUAAGCAAAUGUUAAUUUUUGGGUGCACUGUUCCUUUAAGUGCCCAAAUUCUUUCUGAGGCCACUGGUCAUAUUCGCAUCUAAUGCACUCAACAAUCUAAACGACAACAAUGUAAGUGGAAUGCUGAAAGGCCGAACUUGAGCAUCCUGAAAAUGCAAUCUAAUGCGCAAUAUAGCAAAUCUUUGUACAGCCUAUAAUCUAAAAGUUAAAUAUUAAAAGGUAUUACGAUUUGGCAUAGAGUCACACAAGCAUGAGAAACACUCAAUACAGUUAAAAUAAUAUAAACAAAUAUCAUACAUCACGCAACUAUAAGCUAAACAUUCCUCAAAUCAAGUCUCUAACUCUAAAGUAAUAUUAUUGAACCAAACGUGUUAGUACAUUCGUAGUUAAACCCACAACAGUCUCCAAUAGUAAUAGUUCUCAGCUUUCUCCUACCGUUUAAACCGAAAUCCAUGCUUUUAUUGUCUCUCAUAAAGUACAUAUUGAUUCACAAUGGAUUGUGUCAGAAAAAUAUAGUUGCAUAUCGAGAGACGCGUAAGACACUACUGUUUCACGAUGAACGUUAAAUUAAAUACAUUUAUUAAAACAAAUGUACAAUUAUAUAAAUAUCCAAACCAAAUGCAUUUACACAAGCACAAAGAAAAAAAAAAAAAAAAAAAAAGGAACUGAUAGAGGAUGUAUGGUGCUGCAUCAGACCACAAUGAGCAUUCAUUCUAUUGAGAACAGAACCAUACUGAAACAGAAUCAUCUUCCAGAUAUUCCAUCAGGUGAUGCAAUGCAUAUCAGGUAGAUGUGGCGUUUUGUCUUAAGACUGUCCUUCAAGUAAGUCCACAGGUUUAGCCCUUGAGAAGAAUAUUGUAUCCACGCUACAUGUCAUUAAUAGCCCAUUUCUGUAAUUGAAACAUCUCUGGAUGAUGGUAAAACGACACAAAUAUAUUUUUAGGAUAAAUAAAAUGGUUAACGGUACUAACAAAAAAGAGAUGCUCUGAGAUGCUUACUUGGAAGGAUUCUCUGUAUACGUGUUAGACAAGCAGUUCAACCAUCUCUCACAAGAGUCAUGCCCUGAACCAAAAAUGUUUGUAACUCUCAGCAGAGGUAAUAUGGUACAUUACAUAUAGAAAUAAAAAGCAUAAAAUGAAUGAGUAAAACAGCAAAAAAUCUGUUAAGGAUUUGCUUUGUCACACUUAACUGUAGGUGCAAUAGAAAGAAAGAAAGAAAAGGAAGAAGGGAUUUCUGCAGUUCUUAAAAAAAAAUAGACCUUCCACAUAUUGAGGCCUACUUAAAUCAGAGCUUUAAUCAAGUCAUGCAAUUUGAAAAAAGUUUUGGUUUUGAUUUCUGAAACAAACAUCUAAACAUCCUUAAAUCAAGAUAUAUUACUUUGGAUGCAAACUGAACAUAACAAGGACAAAAAUUGUGACUUUAUGAUUAAAACUAGAACAAAUAUCUGUCACUGAGGUGUGAAAACUCGUUUUUCCCUUUCAGUUAAGUGUUUCAGAUUUUUCUGAGCCCAAAAAAUUGUAUUCUUCUUAUCUUACUGUAAAUUAUCUUUAGAUAUUUACCCUGGAAAUCUCAACCAAAAUAAAUGAGAAAGAACAGUACUUUCUACAGCGCGAACAGAAGUUAGUCAAAUAUUCUGCAGCAGAGCUAGUCAAGCAAUAAUAUUUUGUGUGUUUGUUUGUUUUUGUAAAAUUAAUAAAAAAAUAAAUGGAGAUCAGUUUUAAUGCCAAACUUUGAAACAUUGAUACAAGGCUAAUACAAGAUAAACUGUGUUACAUUCCACGUGUUUACUUCUUUACUUGAUCUUAAAUGUACCUUCAUAAAAAAAAAAAAAAAAAACAACUCAGAAAUCCUGGGAGAACGGAAGAAUAGAGAGAAAGCAAGAAAGCUGUAAUGGAGGAGACAGGGAAGAAUUAAAAAGUGAAAGUAGCACAAACACACUAAAAGCAGAACGUCACAAAACUGACAUCUGCCCACAUGACUCCAGCAACCUUCAUCUUCACAACGGAGGCAGAUGGAUGAAGUCAAAAGAUUCAAUGAAUCGCACGCGCCUUCGGAAAAAUCUCAUCUUACCGAUGCUGGAUCGAGAUAUUACAGACAUCUAUAAAAUAAAUAAAAACUCAAUCCAGACUGCAGUCUGAAAAUUGUACACAAAUAAAUAAACGAACAAACUGAAUUACACAGAAACAUGGUCUUAAAACACAUCGCUGCCCGUGAAAAGUAAACUAUACAAAGUUUGAUGUUAAGUGGCUUGCCAUUUGUUAAACUGUGAAUAUGUUGUCUUAUAAAAAAAAUAUUCAAGUAACAUGGAAGGACGCUUUCCAUACAAAGCAAAAGAAAUUAGAGAUAAAUAUAUUCAAAUGCAAAGAUAAAUAUAUUCAAAUGCAAAUAAAAAGCACUCCACGUCUUUUUUUGGGAAAACCAAACAAGGUAUGUGACAAAAUAUACAUACAACACCAGUAUGAAGGUGUUCAAACAGUCAGAAAAAGGAACAGAGCUUAUUUUCCUGUAAACAAUUAAAGCUUAUUAAUAUCAUGAACGGAUUUCACCUCACCAGCACUGGCCAAAACAGCAAAAUCAUACAGUUAUUUCUUUUAUCGUUGUUUGCUGUGUACAUACAAAUCUGAUACUACUUUGAAGGAUGUUUUGGACAUAACAUGGAACAUAGUUUUAUGAUUUGGAAAUAAAGACUAAAGAACAAGAAACAAUUAAGAGAUAUUUUGCAUUCAUCUUUAUAAUUUUUCUAUGUUGAUAAUUUAGAGUUUAUGAGUUAUGCGGAUUACAUAAUUUAUAUUUAAAAAUAUUUUUGAAAAUGUUUUUGUAAUAAUUAAAUAUUAGAACACUACAGUACAAAACAAAUGAAAAUUAUAUUUAACAUUAGU